GGCUGCUCCUGUUUGAAGGCUUGUGCACAGAGAGCUGGGGAGGAGAGACCGAUGUGAGCACGCUGGGUGCCCGUCUGGGGCAGAACUACUGGUUUGCCCUUCCUUUUUUUUUUCCUGGUCCCCUCUGUUUUUCUUUCCAAAGCAACAGGGCUUUUUUUUCCUCUCCUCCGAAUGGCUCCAGCCCCAUGCUGCCUGGGCUUUUUGCUCUUUUUGGCUUGCUGCUGCUGCUCUGAAGCACAGCUCCUGAACUGGUUUUGGGGUGGCUCAGAAGUCACAGGGACACCUAUAGCCCCUGAAGGGAGAACCGCUGCAUCUGAGCUAGUGACGGAGCUGCUCUCCUCUCCGGCAGCUGCCCGGCCGAGCGCGUCCCCGCGGAUGGCGGUGCAGGAUGAGGAGGGGUCGGGGGACGUCACCAGCCUGCAGAGCUGGGAGCCGGGACCCGGCACGGCAGUGCCCACAGGCAACGAGAGUGUUGCUGGCACGGAGCUCCCGCGCGUGGCCGAAGGCACCCGCAGCGGGCUCGAGCGGGGGAACAGGAACGUCACGGGGACACCAGAGAGCACGGCACAACCACCGACGAGCAUCGUUUCGACAGCCGCUCCUCCCGGCAGCACGGCACCUGCCCGCAGCCAGAACAUGACCAGCAGCUCCACCGAAGGCCCACAGCUCCUGGCGACGGCGGGACCCGAGCUGGUGCUCCCCAAGCCAACGGAGCAGCUUGGCGAACAGAAGGGGACUCGGGUGUCCUUGCAGAGGCCGGUGGCACCCCGUCCAGAGAAUUUGAGCACUGAAGUCAGCCUCCUGGAGCUGAUCGGAGACCCCCCGCCAGAGGAGAUCCUCAAAAUUUACGGCCCCGACAACAACCCAGGCUAUGUCUUUGGACCCAAUGCCAACACAGGCCAGGUGGCCCGGUACCAUCUGCCCAGCCCCUUUUACCGGGACUUUUCUCUCCUGUUCCACAUCCAGCCCACCACCCCCCGGGCCGGCGUGCUCAUUGCCGUCACGGACUCCUCGCAGAGCAUCAUCUAUGUGGGCGUCAAGCUCUCGGACCUGCGGGCGGGUAAGCAGCAGAUCAUCUUCUACUAUACAGAGCCAGGCUCCCAGAGCUCCUACGCGGCGGCCACCUUCACCGUGCCCACCCUGCUGAACCAGUGGACACGCUUUGCCAUCAGCGUGGAGGAGGACGAAGUCGUCCUCUACCUGGACUGCGAGGAGCACGAGCGGGUCCGCUUCGAGCGCUCCCCAGAUGAGAUGGAGCUGGAAGAUGGUUCUGGGCUCUUCGUUGCUCAGGCUGGAGGAGCUGACCCAGAUAAAUACCAGGGGGUGAUUGCUGACUUGAAGCUGAAAGGGGAUCCCCGGGCAGCUGAGCACCAGUGUGAGGAAGAGGAGGAUGACACUGAAGAGGUAUCCGGCGAUUUUGGCAGCGGAACAGAGGAUAGACGCCAUCCCUUCGGAAAAGACAGGGGCGUCCCAGGGCUGGUGGAUGCUGUCCCUGUCACUUCUCCCCCCGUGGCCGCAGGAAGCGUGCCAAGGAUCAGCGUGGGCUCCCCGCCGCAGGCAGAGCGCACCGGAGCAGAGGAGAUGCUGCUGGCGUCUGCGGGAGGCACUGGCCCCAAGGGGGAAAAGGGGGAGAAGGGUGAACGUGGCCCAAAAGGGGACUCGGGGACUGGCGGCGGCUCGGGGACAGGCAGCGCCAAAGGUGAAAAGGGAGAAAAGGGUGACGCGGGCAUCAAGGGCAGCGCAGGAUUUGGCUACCCUGGCUCCAAGGGCCAGAAGGGCGAACCGGGCGAGCCCGGCUCCCCGGGGACUGUCUCUCAGCGCCCCGACGGCUCCGUUGCAGAGCGGGUCACCGGGCCACCGGGGCCUGCCGGCCCUCCGGGGCCGCCUGGGAAAGACGGAGCCCCUGGCAGAGACGGAGAGCCUGGCGAUCCCGGCGAAGAUGGAAAGCCUGGUGAUAUGGGGCCGCAGGGGUUCCCCGGGACGCCGGGGGAGCCGGGGCUGAAGGGUGAGAAGGGUGAUCCCGGCGUGGGCCCCAGGGGCCCUCCUGGACCGCCUGGCCCCCCCGGUCCGCCGGGCCCCUCCUUCAAACAUGACAAGCUGACGUUCAUCGACAUGGAGGGCUCUGGGUUUGGCGGUGACCUGGAGAGCCUGCGGGGCCCGCGCGGGCCGCCUGGGCCCCCGGGGCCUCCCGGCGUGCCUGGCUUGCCGGGGGAGCCAGGACGAUUCGGCAUGAACCACACAGACCUGCCGGGACCGCCAGGGCUGCCGGGCCGAGACGGGAGCCCUGGGCCCCCGGGGCCAGCGGGUCCUCCAGGUCCUCCUGGGAAAGACGGGACGGCUGGGCAGCCGGGGCCCAAAGGAGAGCGGGGUGACGUGGGGGACCUCGGCCUCCCGGGAGCACCUGGACCCAAGGGCAGCAAAGGAGAAACAGGGCCAGCAGGAGCCCCAGGAGAAAUGGGAUUAGCUGGCCUUCCUGGACCCGUCGGACCUCGAGGGCAGCCAGGUCCCCCAGGCCCUCCUGGACCACGAGGGCCGGGGUACGAAGCUGGAUUCGGCGACAUGGAGGGCUCAGGGCUGCCGUUCACAGCUGGCUCCCCUGGACCACGCGGGCCCGAAGGACCACAGGGGCUGCCAGGACUGCCGGGAAUCAAGGGAGAUGCUGGCAGCCCCGGGCAGCCUGGUUUGCCAGGACUGAAGGGGGACCCUGGCAUGCCUGGUGUGGAUGGCCGCCCCGGCCUGGAGGGCUUCCCUGGACCACAGGGACCCAAAGGUGAUGUAGGCAGCCCCGGUGAGAAGGGCGAGCGAGGCCAAGAUGGUGUUGGGUUGCCCGGCCCCCCCGGUUUACCUGGCCCACCAGGACAGGUCGUCUACAUCUCGAACGAAGACAAGCCUUUGGCAGCUUUGCCAGGCCCGGAGGGCAGACCAGGCCAUGCCGGCUUCCCGGGCCCCGUGGGACCGAAAGGAGAGCAGGGGUCACCUGGCUUCCAGGGCUCCCCAGGGCUGAAGGGUGAGAAGGGAGAGCCUGGUGUCAUCAUUAGCCCAGACGGGACCAUCGUAGCUGCUAAUGUGAAAGGAGAAAAGGGGGAGCCAGGGCCACGGGGACCAGUGGGCCCAUCUGGCCCCCACGGACGGUCUGGACAGAAGGGAGAAAUUGGCUUUCCGGGCAGACCUGGGCGUCCAGGCAUGAACGGACUGAAGGGGGAGAAGGGUGACCCUGCCGAUGUUGGCGGCAUGCCAGGCCUGCGGGGUCCCCCAGGUCCCCCAGGGCCUCCAGGGCCUCCCGGGCCACCCGGCAGUGCAGUCUAUGACAACAACAAUGCCUUCGGUGACGCCAGCCAUCCUGCGCUGCAGGCCUUCCCUGGUUUCCACCAGUUUCCAGGACAAAAGGGAGAAAAAGGAGAUGUUGGUGCUCCGGGCCCUCCAGGCCAGUUCCCAUAUGACCUGAGCCGAUACAGUGCCAAUCUGCGGGGUGAAAAAGGUGAGGCAGGCCUCAAGGGCGAGAAGGGUGAACCAGGCGGGACAGCGCUGUAUGGCUCCAGCGUAUCUGCGCUGCCAGGCCCACCAGGUCCCCAGGGCUACCCUGGCCUGCCGGGUCCCAAGGGGGACAGUAUUGUUGGGCCACCGGGGCCUCCAGGACCUCAGGGACCCCCUGGCAUUGGAUAUGAGGGGCGGCAGGGCCCCCCUGGCCCUCCCGGCCCCCCUGGUCCUCCCUCCUUCCCAGGCCCACACAGACAAACUAUCAGCAUCCCUGGCCCUCCCGGCCCACCAGGACCCCCUGGACCACCAGGUACCAGCGGGACAUCUCCUGGGCUACGCGCCCUGCCGACGUACCAGGCCAUGCUGAGCACCGCUCACGAGCUGCCCGAGGGCUGGCUCGUCUUCCUUGCUGACCGGCAGGAGCUCUACGUCCGCGUGCGCAAUGGUUUCCGCAGGGUGCUGCUUGAGGAGCACACCCUGAUCUCCAGCUCCACUCUGGACAAUGAGGUGUACGACAAGCCACCCAGCGUCCACUACUCCCACGGCAGCGCUGUCCCUUCGGGGUCCCAGCACCCCUUCCAGCCCCGCGGGCCCCUGCACACUCUCCGCAACCACAGCCCCCCGCCCACCGCCCGGCCGUGGCGAGGGGACGACAUUGUGGCCAACCAGCACCGCCUUCCCGAGCAGCCCCUGCUCCAUCAUGGCACCCAGCAUCAGCAAGAGCUCCUGAACAGUUACUACAUCAACCGCCGGCCGGAUCCAGCCCCUGUGGCCAUCCACGUGCACCAGGACUUCCAGCCUGCCCUCCACCUCGUGGCCCUGAAUGCCCCACUGAGCGGCAGCAUGCGCGGCAUCCGGGGAGCCGACUUCCAGUGCUUCCAGCAAGCCCGUGAGGUUGGCCUCCUGGGCACUUUCCGGGCCUUCCUCUCCUCCCGCCUACAGGACCUGUACAGCAUCGUGCGCAGGGCCGACCGCAGCACGGUGCCCAUCGUUAACCUCCGGGAUGAAGUGCUCUUCAGUAACUGGGAGUCCCUCUUUGCUGGCAGCGAGGCCCCAAUCCGGGCCGGCGCGCGCAUCCUCUCCUUCGAUGGCCGCGACGUCCUGCGGGACUCCGCAUGGCCUCAGAAGAGCGUGUGGCACGGCUCGGAUGCCAAGGGCCGGCGCCUCACUGAGAGCUACUGCGAGACGUGGCGGACGGAGGAGCGGGCUGCGGUGGGCCAGGCCUCCUCCCUGAGCUCAGGCAAGCUCCUGGAGCAGGCAGCCAGCAGCUGCCAGCACGCCUUCAUCGUCCUGUGCAUCGAGAACAGCUUCAUGACCGCCUCCAAAAAAUAACCCCGCUCUUGGGACACUGCACACCUUCCCAGGGAGAGCUGGGCCAGGCCAGCCGGCUUCCCUGGCUACGCUCCUGCCCUCACCCCGCAGGGUGGUUUUUUUUUUUUUGUUUUUUUUUUUCCUCCUCCCAGAUCUAAAGCCAAAGAGUAUCGCCGUCGGUUUUUUAAAAUGCCGGCCCGCCAGCAGGGGCUCGUGAUGUCCCUCACCUGGGCUGCAUGGGGUGAGCUGGCCAGGAGGCAGAGGGGCUGCGGGCUGGCGGGCUGUCCCCUGCCAACUCCUCCUCCUCCUUUGGACACAGCAGUUUCACUUCUUUUCUAACCCCUAAUAUUUAACCAGUUUAGCUGUAUACAUGCAUCGACCACCUCCUCCUCGGCCUCCUCCCUGCUAGGAUGCUCUUUGCGGGGAGGCUUGGUGGGGGCUAGCAGGGAGGGAUGCUCCGCAGGAGGAUUUUGGAGAUGCUGUGCAGUGUGUCCUCCUGGAAAGCAGAGGCCGGGGGGGGCCCUGCACCGUCCUCGCCAGGAGCCCGGGUCCCAACCCAAAUCCGUGCUGCUGGGGCCUCAGUGUACCUCUGGGCCACCCAAGGGAGGACAGGGCCCACCCCAGGUGUCCUUGGCGUCGGCUGGAGCUGGCCCUGCGUGCAGCAUCCCCAUCCCAAGCGAGAGACCAUCCUUCAGCAGUGACCGGGCUCCUGGGCACUUGCCCCUCCACUCUGCACCCAACCACCUCCACCCCACCAGGUAAGGUCCAUCCUGGCCGGCGCUGCUCCCCGUGGCUCUUCGGCCUCACCUCCCGUCCCGCCACCUGCCCCUCCUCACCAGACACAGCGCUUCCUUCGCAGGGUUCGCCCUGGCGGUCCCAUCUGCCCCAAAAUGCCCACCUCUGGGUCACCCUCCCUCACUGCCUUACCGCCCCAACGCGGGCUCAUCCCAUCCUCUCUGCACACCCUCGGGACCCCCGCGGUACUGUUCCGGCACCCUUCCCUGGGCUCCUGCGGAGGCUGGGGAGGGGGAUUGCUGCCCAAAACCCAGCGUUUCCCCCUGAGAUCAGCUCAGAGGCCAGGGGUACCGGGCGUGGGAACGGGGAUACAGGAGAUGGGGUCAUUUCCUGGGGCUGCCGCCAGGGAGGACAGACGCCCCCCCAAUGCCCUGGCUGUCCAGGGGUGGGAAGGGGGUCACCCAGCCUGUCGUUGGCAUGUGUUUACACGCGUGUGCAUGUGUGUGUGCGUGUGGACCGCAUGGUACCUAGGCCAGAAACCAUGAGCACCCUCCGCGCCACCUUUGUUGCGCUCUAAGGCCAAAGCGAAGCAAAGCUGGUUUGAAUUGGUGUGGACAAAUCCAAGGUGCUAAAUAAUAAAAAUAAAAAAAAAUAAAUCUGUAACUAGCUUUUUAUUAUUGUAUGGAAAUUCUUACCAUAAAAGCUAUGCGAGUCACACGGUCUCUAUUUCUUACCAUCUACUGUAUUUUGUGUAAUUACUGCAAUUUAAAGCCUGUGGAGCUUUAUAUUUUUUUGUCGGUUGUGUCCUAUAAACCAUUUUCUAAAGGCACUGAAUAAAGAAAUGUUAUCCUCUUGUA